UCGUUUCACACUCAGAUCAAUCAACCUUGUAGUUGACAUAGAUAUCCCAGUGUCGAUGUAAUUGAAAAAGCGUGCUAUCUACAAAAUUAUAGCUUUAAGCUUGAGCAAAAAUUCGGUUGCGCAUGCGCAUUUCGCUCUCUUCUUAACAAAGAUACAUUUGUAUUGAGAAAAUCUAACUAUGGAGUUAUUGAGACUUUUGCAAUUCAACACUUUUAUUUUACUCCAUUUAUUGAUUUUUAUUCAGAGUUCAAUGUGUUUUGAGUAUUUCAAGGAAAAACCAUCAUAUAUUGAGACAUGUAAAAUUAAUCAACCUGGUUUUACUAAAUGUUCAACAAGAUCCAUACAAGCUUUUCUGGUCGAAAUAUUCAAUGGUAAAGUUCCCGAGGUUAAUGCCGUUGUUGGACAAUUGGAGCCCAUGAAAUUGGACAAGAUUAAUUUUAAGCAAGAUGACAAUGAAGCAGCCACUAUAAGAGCAACGCUUUCGGAUUUGAUGGUUACAGGACUCUCAAAAAUCCAAGUUAAAGAGAGCAGAGUUAGCAAGAAGAAUAGUGGAUGGUUGACAAAACUGUUUUUCCCAAACUUCAAGAUAGAGGGUCAAUACAAAAUGGAUGGACGCAUUCUGCUUUUGCCAUUGAAUGGGGAAGGCCAUAUGUUCAUUGAAAUCGAUUCCAUGAACAUAACAAUGCGCACAAAAACCCACGUAAUCGAAAAAGAUGGAUUUCUAUUCAACAAUGUCACCGACGUGCAAGUAGAAGUGGAUGCUAAAAAAAUGUCUUCGCAGUUUGAUAAUCUGUUUGGCGGCCACAACAAGGAGAUCGAGCGUAGUACGAACGAAUCUUUCAACAAGAACUGGAGGGAUUUCUUCGAGGCUCUUCGUCCUUUAAUCACAGAAACAGUGGCAAAUAUAAUGUUUCAGCUUAUUCCAAAAAUAUUCCUUAUGUAUCCGGCCACCUUCUUUAUAGAGGAUCUUCCAAUGCCACAAAAACCAUAGGUGAAUAAAAAUACUUGUUAUACUAGCAACCCCCCUAAACUAAAAUCGUUGCCAAUAAAGUGAAAACUAGCGUAAGACAAUAUUUUACUUCUUCUAAGGGACAUUUAAAUAUAAUGUAAUAUCUUUAAUGAA